ACAAUUUAGAUUUUUUUUGUUUUUGUCGUAACUUGUUUUGAUCAAUUAAACCUCAAUCUUCGCAUCAGAUUUUGACUAAUUACUGUGUUGCUAGAAAUUAAAUUGUUUCAAAAUUUGUUUGCUUUGGGUGAUGUUGUUAUUACGCUUGUGUUGAUAUUGUUCACAUCUAUUUCAUCCUCAGUCUUGAGUUUUUGUGUUGUUUUCAUUUGUUAUCAGUACUUGUCAUAUUUCUCUCUUUCUCUUUCUCUACUCUUCUUAUUACAUGUUUCUAUGCUAAACAUUAGUUAAUUGAAGCUGGGUUUUACUCCCCUUCCUUCCCUGCUGAUCAAUUCAUUAUCAUCUUUUGACUCUUGUUAACUGCUAUGAUUAUGUACCACUUUGUGCGGAUUUCUUUGCCUUCAACUUAACUCUGUGAUUUACUUGAUAUCUUUUUCCCCUUUUCCCUUCACUCGUGUUUACUUUUUUGAUUACUUGUUGUUUCUAAUAUAACAUCUUCACUAUUACCAUACCCAUUAACUGCAAUUGUUACAAAACUAAAAUAACAGUCCUUACCUCUCCCAUUGUUUUUACUUCAAUAUAUCUGAUACAUUCUCCUCAUAAAAUUUGUCUUCAACCUUAAUCAUACUUCAUCAAUCAUCCAGUGACUGAUUACAAAAUGUCAGCUGAGAUACGACCCUUUCCUGGAAGUGCUUCAUCAAACAAGCGGCUAGAAUUGGUAGCUAAACUUGAAGGCCAUCAAGAAGUGGUUAACUUUGCUAUAUUGCUUAAAAAUGAAGAAGGUGUGAUCAGUACUGGCGAUGACAAGAGUGUCAUGAUAUGGCUUAAGCGGGAUACAGGAAAUUACUGGCCCAGUGUUUGUCAUCGAAUGCCAGCUGCUGGUACUGUAAUGAGCUUUAAUCACGAAACCAAAAGACUUUUUGUUGGAAUGGAGAAUGGAUCCAUUUCAGAAUUUCUUAUUGCAGAUGAUUACAACAGAAUAACACAUCAAAGAACUUAUAUUGCUCAUAAUGAGCGUGUAACUGGGUUGAUAUUUUCAAUAUUCCAUGAAUGGGUUCUAAGUGUUUCUAAGGAUAGAUAUUUUUGUUGGCAUUGUUCAGAAACAGGAAACAGACUCGGUGGCUUUCAAUUCAACUCUUGGUGUACAGCACUUCAAUUUGAUGCAGAAUCAAAACAUACGUUUAUUGGUGAUUACACUGGCCAAAUUACUAUGCUUAAGUUGGAAGGGAAUAGCUAUAAACCAAUAACAACAUUGAAAGGUCAUAGCGAUGCCAUUCGGUGCCUUGCGUGGGAUCCAGAGAAGCAAAUGCUGUUCUCUGGUGCCUAUGAUAAGGUUAUUAUUUGUUGGGAUAUUGGCGGUAAACGAGGAACAGCUUACGAACUCCAAGGGCACCUCGGUAAAGUAACCUCACUUUGUUUUGCCAAUCAAGCCAAGCUUUUGAUUUCUUCAAGUGAAGACUCUAAAGUUGUUUUCUGGAAGAUGGAUGUAAAAAGAAAAGAGACUCCUGAUUGGUUAGAAAGUGAUUACUGUCAACGUUGUUCAAGACCCUUUUUUUGGAAUAUAAAGGCAAUGUUGGAUCAAAAAACGAUUGGUUUACGACAGCAUCACUGUCGUCGUUGUGGUAAAGCAGUUUGUGAUUCCUGUAGUAGCAAUAGAAGCGUUAUUCCCAUCAUGGGAUUUGAGUUCCUUGUGAGAAUCUGUGAUGAAUGCCAAAGUUGUAUUUCUGAUGACGAUUUACAAUCACUGGCUUCUUCUGCUGACACGAAACACUCUAUAAUGCAUAUGGAUCUAGAUGAAUCCCGCUCACUUUUAAUGACCUCUGGUUCUGAUAGAGUUAUUAAGUUAUGGGACAUAAGCAAACUUAUUAUCGGUCCAUCUCAAUAAUUGCCUUGACCACCAUCUUUAAAUUAAUUAUUAUUAUUAUCAUGAUUAUUAUUAUUAUUUGAGUAAAUUUAAACAAAACAAAAAGUAUAAAUAUACAGAUAAAGUAUUAUUAUGUGUAAAGUUUCACUAAAAAAGCUUAAGUUCAUCUUGAAAUAUUUUCUGUCUCUUUGAGAGGAAUGAUGGUGGUGAUCACUGAACCUGCAUAAAGAGUGAACUAGAUUGCGUGGCAUCAACAAGAGUACAUCAACGGCAAGAUUAACAUCAAAAUAGUUAAGUUUUUUCUUCAAAAAAAUGGGAUUGCUCACUUUUCAAGGAUUCAAGACUGGUUUAUAAGGAAUGAUCUUGCUUGGUUAAAAUACUAAACUGUCCAAUCAGGAAAAAUUACGUUGAUUCGCUAAGAUUUUUUUAUAUACUUCGCCAGUUUAUAUCUUCAUUUUUCCUGUUGUUCAACUCAGAUAAUGGGAGAAUUGGAUCAAAAGAAAAGGCAACUUGUAAAUUGUUUCAUCGAUCCUUUCCUCAAAUCUUCUGUUCACCUUCCUUUCACUUUUUUGUUAAAAUGCGAUCAACUGUUUCAUUUGAAACAGUUGCAGCUUAUUGUCUAUGCCUACUGAAAAAUCAAUGUUUUAAGACUAAUCAUGGACCAACUUGUUUCCCUAUCAAACUCUCUUAAAAUCAUCAAACAUUCUUUACAUCAAUAUCUUGUUAAACAGAUGAUUGGUGAUUGAUAAUAAUAAUAAUAAAAAUCAACCUGAAAAAAAGGAGAAUCGUUAUAA